UGCAGUGUUUUUCUUUUAUCAUCUUUUAUUUAGAUAAUUGUUUAGUAAAUCGUUUGCAGGCAGUAAAAUUAUGGGGAAUAACAGUGGUGUCUCUAUUGUAGGACUUGGAACCUGUGAGAAUGAUCAGUGGUACAGGAAAUUCACAACGGAAUGCCUAUCUGGACAGCUCACCUUUUGCGAAUUCAAACAGUUAUUCGGCCUGAAAAACCUAUCUGAAGCUUCUAAGGCCUAUGUCAUGCGCAUGUUUGAAAUGUUUGAUAUGUAUGACGUAAGAUUACUUUUAUCUCGAUCACUAAUGUUCAUAGUUUAUACAGUGCCUAUAGAACGUCUACACCACCCUUGGAUUUCUUCACAUUUUAUUGUUACAUCUAUCCAUGUCAUCAAUGAAGUAAACUAUGAGAUGUCAUCCGAGGACCUUACCAACAUGAUGUUUGACAAGAUCGAUAUCAAUGGUGAUGGUAAGCUGGGCCUGGAGGAGUUCAUGGAGGGCAUCCAGAACGAUGAGAAGCUGCUGGAGACACUGACCGCGAGUCUGGACCUCAUACAUCAUCAGCAAGAUCCAGGUCGAGAUGAACCUCUAUUGUUGCAGCACAAGAAGAUUUUAUGA